GCCUGAAUGUCAUCAGCACCAUGAAUGAAAAGUUGCUGGAAAUGAGUGUGAAGAAAUAUGAUCCCUCAGACCCUGCCUAUGCCUAUGCCCAGCUGACCCACGAUGAGCUGAUCCAGCUGGUGCUCAGGCAGAAGGACACCAUCAGCAGGAAGGAGCUGCAGGUGCGGGAGCUCGAGGAUUACAUCGACAACCUGCUGGUCAGGGUGAUGGAGGAGACCCCCAACAUCCUCCGUGUUCCCAUGGCUGGGAGCAGGAAGGCUGGCAAGAUGUGAGGGAUCUGGGGUAUCAGUGAGCAAGGACUCAAUUCCCCCAGAGGAGGGUGAGGAGCUGCUCUGCAGCAGGUGCUGCUGGUUGUGCUUCUCACAGAAAAUGACCUUUUUCCUGUUUCUGCCUUGAGCAACCCUGGGAUUGAUUAAUAGCUCCAUCAGGUGUUGUAAUGAAGUCACCUUAUCAUAUUUAUUUUUUGUUUUCUUCCCCUUAUUUGGGAAGAUCAGGCAUUAACCCAAAGGCUGGUUGUGAUGGGAAGGAGGAGGGUUUUUGAUGUGUUUUGCUUCCCAGCAAGGCACUGAUGAUCCUUUAGGAAGAUUUUUUUUUUAAUUAUUUUGUUUUUUAGCAGCUUUGAUAGAUCAUUUACUUUUCUUCCCUCAUCUGAAGUUGUAGUGCAAUAUAAAUCCUUGUACAGUAGAGCUUGAGGAUUUGACUGUUUUUAAAAUAAUAAUAAUUACCUACACUGGAGAAGUCCAAAGAUGUCCCAGCUUCAGGCCUGGGCUGUAAUUUAAAAGGAAUUAUUGCCCUGAAAGUUGACCAUAAGCUGACCAAAUCUCACUUCAUCUCAUCAAGUGGACAUUCCCAAGGGAAAGUUCACAGGUUUUCUGGAGUAGGAGCCAUUGAGGUUCCUGGUACGUUUCUGCCAUAGGAAUGGCAUCAAUGGAUUGGGCCAAGGGUACAUUUUAACUCAAGUUCUUCUCUUGGUGUCUCAAAGUUUCUGCUCUGGAAGUUGUUCACAGGAGGCUCUGUGCCCUGGAGCAGGGCUGGCUCUCACAUCUGUGGGAGUUCUGUGCCCAUUUCCCUCUUACAUUCAUUCAGGACACAGAAAUGCUUUGGCUGCUGGAGCUGGGGUGACCUUGAACACCUUUCCAAGGUGAGCAGUUUUGCAGAAAGUGCUUCUUGUUGUCAUUGCAGAGAGGGGAGGGAGCACUGGGGCUCCCCUGCUCUGGUUCCUUGCUGCUCACACAAACCCUUGUGUGGCUGAGGCUGUGCUGGACAGCCCAGAGCUCCCUCUGUGCUUCAGGGGUGUUCUCCCCACCCUGUCAGACAGCAGCAACAGCUCAUGGCUGGGGAGCAGCCACCACAGCUUCCCCCACUGGGAACCACGUGGGGCUUUGUUUGCUCAGCUCUUGGGAAAGAUCAAAAAAUCAGAAGCCUUUUUGCAUCUCUGGGAUUUACCAGGGUAGGGAGAGUCCAUAAAAGUCUUAGAGGGAAGCUGGAAAACCAAGAGAGCAGGAAGGAAGGGACCAAAGCUUCAUGAGGACCAAAGCUUAAAGCUUUCCAGCCUUAAUUCUAUGGAAACAAACACUCCUACUUGUGGAAACUGUUGGGUUAUUGGGUCACUCCUGGCUCGGGGUGAGUUUCUAACUCAGGUUUUCUACAGCAAAGCACUUUAUUGAGCAGCUGGAUGGACUCUCACCCUGUGAGCAGUCUGCUUACAAUUGUCAUAAACCACUAGAAACUACUGGAGAUCUCAAAUACUGUAUUUUUGUGUGAGAAGCAGUUUAAUAUAUUUGCAUGGAGAUGUAAACAUUUAUUAGAAAAAUCAAAAAAAUGCUGUUAAUGACAUUUUUUAUUCCUGCUACCAAAGUCUGGAGCUUUACUGGCAGAGCUGUCCCUCGUGGGCAGCCUGACCUCAAACAAGCCUUAGGAGCUGAGUCUUGCAAGACUUCAGGUACUCUGAUCUCAUUUUAGUGUUAUUUGAGCAGUGAGGGCAUUCUCUCUUUUUUUUCCUGUCCUCCCUGCUCUGAAUGAAGGGUCUGAAACCUUGGUGGUGGUGCUGCUUUAAUUCUGAGUGGUGCUGGUUGGCUUUGCUGGAGCUGCUGCUGCCUCUCGUGCCUUCUGAGUGAGGAAGAUGAAGGAUUGAUUUGUUUCCUCCUCGUGCCUCUGCGGAUCUCUGGACAGAGGAUCCUAUACCUCACUGAUAAACUUGUAUUUCAGACUUUUUUCUGCUAGGAAGAGUGACUGCACAGAACCAAAGCAAUAAAUGAUAUGUGCUCUUGGCAGAGAUGGAGCCUUAACACUUGGAAUGGCCUCCCCUGGCUGGGGGAGCCUUUUUCAGCUGGUUCCAGCUGUGGCUGUUGGGUGGCUCUUGCCCCCAACAAUUGCUCUUCUCUCCUUUGGGUGGCUGCAGCUGUGGAGCCCAAAAGCAUCACCCAAGCCUUGUAGCUCAUUUUUAUUGGCAAUAAUUGUUAAAGUCUUCCUUUGGUGGGAAGGGACUGGCAUCUUGCAUCCUCAAGGGCCUUAAGAAUCAAAUACAUUGUUUUAUUACUGAAGGAUCUCAAUGCAUGUUCCCUGUUUGUACUCUCUGCUUUUAGCCCAGGUACUGUUUGUUUUUGAACACUUUUGGUUUUAUGGAACACUAAAAUAAACUCACCUUAAACUCAG